AUGACUGGUAUUUUAGAAGUCGAGUUGUUUGACGUGCGGGGAAUAGACUUUAUGGGACCUUUCCUGUCAUCGUAUAAUAACAAGUACAUUCUGCUUGCGGUGGACUAUGUUUCUAAAUGGUCUUUCACUGCUCUCUGUGCUCAUUACGGUGUUCAUCAUCGAAAGGCAUUGUUUUAUCAUCCACUUUCCAAUGGUCAAGCCAAAGUUUCGAAUAGGGAGAUUAAAGGUAUCUUGGAAAAGACUGUAAAUACAUCAAGGAAGGAUUGGUCGAAGAAGCUCAAUGAUUCACUUUGGGCUUAUCGCACUGCAUUUAAAACUCCGAUUGCUUAUGAGAAUGCAAGGAUUUAUAAAGAGAAAUCGAAGGCCUUUCAUGAUAAGCGGAUACUUAGGAAGGAUUUUCAACCAGGAGAUAAAGUGCUGCUAUUUAAUUCAAGACUUAAGCUCUUUCCUGGUAAAUUGAAGUUGAGAUGGUCUGGAUCGUACACGAUAGUUUCUUCACUUCCUUAUGGAGCAAUGCAAGUUCAUAGUGAGAAGAUGGGACACUUUAAGGUGAAUGGUCAGAGAUUGAAGCAUUAUUUGGAGGGCCCGGUGGAAAAAUGCCAGUUCGUGGUGAUUUUGAAACCACUUUGA